ACAUUUACUCUACAGAAUUAGCAAUAAUCUGAGCAAGACCUAAUCCAAACUUGCUAGUGUGCAAAGUCUUUGUUCUUUUCCGUAUAAUAAUUCUCAAAACACAAAGAACAACCAACGCUUUAUAUGCUUAUUUCAAACUUCACCAAAAGUAGAGAUGACAGUGUUCGAGAAUCAGUUAGUUUGACCAAGAGGUAAUAAGGUUGUACGUAAACAUCGAAAAAAUAGGGUGGACACGGCAUGCAACAAAAGCUUGUUUCUGUAAUGGUUAGAUAUGAAAUGGUGGGUGGCUGAAAGUCUCAAACUGAAAAAACAGAGAUAACACGCUGAACCACUAACAUGGAUCUUGUUUCCAUGGCCUAAACAUGGCAUUCCACAGCAAAAUGCUAGGUUAGCAAUCCAUUAAAUAAUGGCUUUGGUAAGCAAUUAUGCCAAGAUCCACGAUUGCUGGUUCUUGUUGCCAAUUGCUGGAACAUAAUAAUGUGAUGACCCAUCUCAAGGACAGUAGACACAUAAAACAAUGUACUAAACAUGAGACGACUUUAGGAUUCCAAUGUCUAUGCUUGUGCUUAAAAAAUCUCAAGGCAUAGCAGACAGCAUCUGAGAGAUGUAAUUGCAUGAUUCUUCAUGUCUACCAAUCAAAUGCUACUGUUUGUACAUUUCUGUAUAAAUAGGCCUGAGCAGAGAAGUAGACACAACAAACAAAGAAGUCUUCCUUCUUCAACUCUUCAUCAACCACAAUACAUACAGAGAAAAGCUUCAAGCUCAGAUAUGGCUUUCCACCAAAGAUCGAUAAGUUUGCCUUCUAGGCCUCAUGUUAGUGAGACCCAAGUCGAGCAAGAGCUCCACAGCCUAGAAGCAAGCAUCUCUUCCUCCAAUUCCAUCAGCACCAUGUGCGAUGGUCUCAGGAGUCUUGCAAGCAUCUACGAUGGUCUUGAAGACAUUAUUUGCCUACCAAGCCACCAAGUUUUCUCCUCCCAGCAGAGGAACAUGUUGGAUGGAGAAAUGGAAGGUUCUCUCGAGCUGCUAGAUCUCUGCAGCGCCAUGCAAGAGAUCUUUGUUGAGAUGAAGGCCAUCAUCCAAGAGCUGCAAGUGGCUCUAAGGAAAGGGGAUGAUGCAGCUGCUCAAGCUAAGAUCCAAUCUUACACCCGCUUGGCGAAGAAGGCCAAGAAUCAUUUCAAGAAAAACACGAAGAAGACUCCUACAGAUUGCAGGAUGGUCAUGCUCUUGGCCAAGGCCAGAGAGAUCUCCGCCUCUCUGCUGGAGUCCACAAUCCAUCUCUUGUCAAAGCAAAUUGAGAUGCCUAAACAGUCUCUUGUUUUCAAGCCAUUUCACAAAAAGAGGGCAGUUGUUUGCAAGGAGGAGCAAUUGUCGGGGUUAGAGUGCAGUAUCGGAGAUCUUGAGAGCGGAGCAGGACAUUUGUUCAGGAAAUUAGUCCGGAGCAGAGUUUCUCUACUCAACAUCCUUAGCUCAUAGAUACUCCCAAGUCACUCUUGACGACCUCCGAUUGGCAUCCGCCUUUUAAGGAAUAGCUGAUCUUCAUACAAUUUUCCCAUGUGUAUACACUACACUGUAUAAAUGUACAUGAUACUAUAGAAACAGAAAGAGAAACCAAAGUUUUGAUCCAUCA